AUGUCUAAACUUUGUAAUUUUGAACAGAAUGAUCAAGAUUAUAAGAAACAAAGUUUCAAUACUUGGUGGCAGGAUGAUUAUCAAUUAAAUUUUCGUAGACCUAUUAUGUAUUCAGAUAAUGAAGGUCAUAUUGUUGAAUAUCUUCAAGUUAAAGUUUUGAGAAAGACUAAGAAAGGAAAAGAUGAAAAUUUUAAAGAAAAUCAGAAUUUUCUUGUAGAUAAAGAAUUUAAAAAUAUCAUUAAAAUUCAUAAAUGGUAUAAAAAAGAAACAGAUAUUGUUGAUGAGAAUGAUAAAUAUUUUGUUAAUCACAUGUUUUUAGAUAUUGGAAUUGAUAGGAUCAAAUUUAAAAAUGAUUAUAGUUUUGAUUUACGCAAAUGUAAUAUUGAAAUUUUAAAUUAG